UGAUUGCUCUUAUCAUCGGCUAAUCGUGAUUUGUUUGUCACCUCGUCUGCGCGGUUAUCGGCAGGCAUUUAUUGGCUUUUUAUCGGAGUGGGGAAAAGUCCGCGGACUUGGGACCAGCGGAUUCUGUCUGCUGUCACUGCUGGAGAAUAAGUACCAACAGCCUUUCGUUUUUUGUUUCGUUUUCGCUAAGCAUCUUUUUUAACGCAUACAGUUUGAUUGUUAUGUUUGAUGGUGGUUUGUGAAACAAGUUGAAGCAGCGACGAUGCCUGACCAGGACCACACAUCUACAAAGUCAGACGAAGAUAGAAAAGCGGAGGCAGAGGCAUUUAAAACUCAAGCAAAUGAACGUUUUACUGCGGAGUGCUAUGAAGAGGCGAUCGACUUGUACACGAAGGCGAUCGAGCUGUGUCCGAACAGCCACGUGUACCACGCCAACCGAAGCGCCGCACACCUCCGACUGGAGAACUUUGGCUACGCGCUGACGGACGCGUCGCGAGCCAUCGAGCUCGAUAAGACCUACGUCAAAGGCUACUACCGGCGUGCCGCCUCCUACAUGGGCAUGGGAAAGUGGAAACAGGCCGAACGGGACUUUGAGAGCGUGGUGAAGGCACGACCACGGGACAAGGACGCGCGAGAAAAGUACAACAAGUGCCGGACCAUCGUGAACCGACUGCGGUUCGAACGCGCCAUCGCGGUAGACGAUGAGCCCCAGAAGACGGUCGCCGAACUGAUAAACAUCGAGUCGAUGACGAUCGAGGAUGACUACGCCGGUCCGUCACUACAGGACGGAAAGGUCACACCCGAGUUCAUGGUCGAACUCAUGUCCUGGUUCAAAGACCAGAAACUAUUGCACACCAAGUAUGCCUUCAAGAUCCUGCUGGACAUGAAGGAGUACCUGGUGAAGCAGCCCUCGCUGGUGGACGUCUCGAUUCCGGCCGAGAGCAAGUUCACCGUGUGCGGCGACGUACACGGACAGUACUACGACUUGUUGAACAUCUUCAAACUGAACGGCGUGCCGUCCGAAACAAACCCGUACCUGUUCAAUGGGGACUUUGUCGACCGGGGAUCGUUCUCCGUCGAGUGCAUCCUGACGCUGUUCGGUUUCAAGCUGCUGUACCCCAACCACUUCUUCAUGUCCAGAGGUAACCACGAGAGUGAGACCAUGAACCAGAUGUACGGGUUUGUCGGCGAGGUGAGCGCCAAAUACUCGUCCCGGAUGGCAGAGCUGUUCACCGAGGUGUACAACUGGCUGCCGCUCUGUCACGUGCUGAACGGACGCGUGUUCGUCACGCACGGCGGACUGUUCUCGCGUGACGGCGUAACGCUGGACGAGCUGCGCGCGGUAGAGCGCGGCCGUCAGCCGCCCGAGGAGGGUCUUAUGUGCGAGCUGCUGUGGUCGGACCCGCAGCCGCAGCCCGGCAGAGGUCCGUCCAAACGCGGCGUGGGCUGCCAGUUCGGCCCCGACGUGACGGCCGAGUUCUGCGGGACCAACGGACUCGACUAUGUGAUCCGGUCACACGAAGUCAAGGCCGAGGGCUAUGAGGUGUCACACGGUGGAAAGUGCAUCACCGUCUUCUCAGCGCCAAACUACUGUGACACAAUGAACAACAAGGGCGCAUUUAUCACGUUAACUGGAGGAGAUAUGACCCCAAAGUACACUACCUACGAGGCUGUGCCGCAUCCGAACGUGAAGCCUAUGGCGUACGCCAACUCACUGAUGAGCAUGUUCGUGUAACGGAGGUCGCCCUAGUCGCUGAGGACGCCGAGCUGGGUCUCGGCUCGGCCGGUGCCGGGCCAGCCGUGCUCGGCACGCGCUCUCCCGGGGCGCGCCGCCCGCGCGGCCGCUCAACCCUCGUUCAAAGUGUGUGACGCGCGCGAUCGCCGACGGUUGUCGUAUCUGGCCGUCCUGAGCGGCCGACCGGCGGCGCCAGAGUGUGAUGACUGCAAUGCCGUAUCGUGUCUGUAUUGUACCGAGGUAGGCGCAGCGCCAGAGGGCGCCGCAAUACAAUGACCCAGCCCGUACUCCA